GUAUGUGUGUGAGAGGGAGCUAGCUUUGCUGCUCAUCAUCAGUACUCGCAUUGCUAAAAACAUUGCAAAGAUUCCGCUUUUUACCUGGUAACGUACUAGAUUUGCAUUACUCUGUUUUUCAGUCGUUCUCACCCGGGUCAGCGUUGAGCGACUCUGGUAAAGAGAAUACAUCUUUAAAACAGCUCUGGCGCUGUUAAGCUAACGAGCGCUAGCCACAGUAAGCUAGCAGUGUCAAACAGAGCCACGCCAAGAUGGACGAAGCUGCUUCUUCCGCGGCGAUCGCAGAGGACGGAGCUGACAAGAGACCCCACGAUGAGGAUGGAGCAUCUGAAAACAACGUUAGUUCAUCGGCUGAGGACACCGCUGAUGGGGUUGGGGUUUUCUGCUGUCAAGAUUGUGGAGAAGCCUUCAGAGAGGAGGCUGCCUACAUGGAGCAUCGCCAUCAGCACCCACAAGAAAGGGUGUUUUUAGAUGACCAGAUGGAUGGUUUAAAGGAUGCAGAAAUGGACAGUGAAACAGCAUAUGUCUGUACUCUGUGUUCAUUCUCAUUUGUUGAACAAAGUCAGUUCCACUCGCACAUGGAGAAAAACCACGGGCAGUCCUCCCAAAAGGAGUCAGCUAAUCCUGGGACAACAAAGCAGCACACCUAUGAAUGUCCAGACUGUGGGAAAUGUUACGGUGUGAUUGGACACUUUCUCAACCACCAGCGCUCACACAGACAAGCCUCCAAAUCAGUCUUUCAUGACCUUGAACAUUUGAAAAAGAAGUCAUUUCAGUGUGAGGCUUGUGGGCGAAAUUAUUCACGCGCUUCAGCUCUCGAUGCACACCGUCGUUGUCAUGAGGGAAAACUAGUUAAAUCACGAAACAGGGGUUCAGGAAGUGCAUGUCACACAGAGGAGCCAAUAGUUGAAGCCAAGCCCAGUGAAAACCAAACAGAUAAUAAUCCUGAAAAACUUUUUAAGUGCUCAUGUGGUAAAGCUUUUACUGCUAUGAUGCGCCUUAAAACACAUCAACGAUUUAGCCGCAACAGUCAGUGCACUCCAGCAGAAGUAACUGAAAAACCAAAGAAAAGCUCUGGUGAUUUUUGCUGUAGUGAAUGUAACAAGGCUUUCACUGGACAUAUCGCCCUCUUCAACCAUCAGCGAUGGCAUACCAAUCAAGCAAAUGAUUCAGCAAAAAGGUUCCCAUGUGAGGAAUGUGGAAAAGUAUUUAUGACUCUAACGUUUUACUACAGGCAUCAGCGCUUGGUGCACAGUGAUGAGACCCCGGCAAAGUCGUUUCUUCAUCAAGUGUGUCAGCUACAGAAGAAGGCAUUUGAAUGUAAGGAUUGUGGGCUCAAGUUUUCCAGGGCUUCAGCACUCCAGUCCCAUCAGCUUCACCAUACAGAUGUUUUCAAAGAAACAGAGAAGGGAGCCCAAAUGCGCACCUCUCUGCUGCCUGAACAGGAAUCUUCAUUAAGCGAAACAAAAGAGACAGAGCAGAUUCAAGUGGAAUCUGUAAAUCUUUUCCCUCCCAUCAUGGUUGAAGAAGCCUCGCAUGUAAAUGACACUGAUGACGACAUGGAGAGUUAUGAACCUGGGGACUUUAAUGUACAGGUGAUCAGUGCAAGCGAAUCUGAGGACGAGCCCGUCCAAGACUUGAAUCCCGAUCUUGAGCUGCUCUGUGAAUCAGAUCAGGAAGUAAGAGAUGACAACGACACUGGACUUUCCCCUGGUGGCGCUGGUGCUAUUUCAAAACCAGAGAUGGAUUUAAAAAUUGUACAAAUUGACUUUGAGGUAGCUGACGUGCAGUGUGCACCGUUAGCACGGGAAGCCGAGAAUACGACAGAGGAAAGAUUUGAUUGUCCCGAGUGUUACCGUUGGUUUUCUAGUGCUUCAUCACUGCGUGUUCACAGAAUGUGGCAUGGCAUACAUAAGAGGAGACAACAAAUUCAAGGUCAGUCAGAGGCAGUUCACACAUGUGACACACGUGACCACGAAGCCAGUAUUAAUGCAGCACACGAGCAACACAAGAGCGAAAACACGAGCGAUGAUGUGGUGAACGAGGCAGAUGGAUUAGAGAAGAAAAUUUUGACGUGCAAUGAGUGUGGUAAAUCCUUCUCACGUUUGUCUGCUUUAGUCUGUCAUCAGCUGCAUCAUCCCAAAAAAAAGCAAUUCCAGUGCCCAGAUUGCAUGAUGUCUUAUUCGCAUGCAGCUACCUUGUUUAACCAUAUAAAAAGCUGCUCGGCGCAAAAGAAAGAGAAUAUCGCUAAGAAAGAAUACAAUCCAAAGAAAACCCUUCUAGGCCCAAAGAUUUAUCAUUGUGAACAGUGUGGGAAGGGUUUCUGGUCUCUAGGAGCUUACUCCCACCACAAGCAAAGCCAGACUCAGUGUGCAGAUUUGAUGCUAAGAAAAGGGGUCACAGGAUCUGUCAAUGGACAUCCACGCUCCAGUAUUAAGGUUGCAUGUCCAGUGUGUGGUAGAAAGUUCCGACACAAGGGCAUUAUGGCAAUGCACAAACGAAAACAUGAAAAUGGAAAUCAUAAAUGUGAACUUUGCAACAGGUCGUUCCGUCUUUUUUCCAGCCUCCUCAGACACCAGGUCGUACAUAGUGACCAGUUGCUCCCACCGCCCGUUAAGUCUUUUCAGCAUCAGGUGGAGCAGUUGAAAAAGAACACGUACAGCUGCCCCGACUGCGGCAAGCUGUUUUCGCGGGCCAAAGCACUUCAGUUUCACAUGAAAAGCCAUGGAUAUGAGACUGGGCAGUCAACAUCAUCACAAAGAUCUUCUGUCAAGCUGGAGGAUCUCCAGUGUGCAACAUGCCUCGCACAUUUCAACAGCAAGGCUUCUUUGAGGGCUCAUCAAAAACUAUGCCGCAAAAAAUACCCUCAACCAGUCGAUUGUAAGACAGAACCUUCUGAAUAUUCUGAUACUCUGAAAUCACAUGAGUGUAGUAUGGAUGUCAGUACACAAGAAAACUCUGAGCAAAUAACAGUCAAGGCUGAAGUAAAUGAAACAGACGGCAUGGAGCUAAAGAUGGAAAAUCCAAUAAGUGUCGACAAUUUAGAAAACCAGAGUAGAGCUGAUUUGAAAUACAAAUGCAAUAAGUGUGACAGAAGCUUUUCAGUGGUUGGAGCUUUGAAUUUUCAUAAAAGAAUUCAUGCUGAGGGUCCCAAAUCUGUAACCAAAGCAAAAUUGUCCAUGUCUGUAAUGCUUAAGAAACCCAAACAGGAAGAGUCAACUAAGGGACUGUUUCACUGCUCAGAUUGUGGGAGGCGUUUCAUCUCCAACUCAGCUCUCGGCUCCCAUAAAAGAUGGCACAAAGAAAAGAAGUUUUCACGCUCCUUGCUCAAAGAUGAUGAUUCGCUGUCUGUUAGCCACAAGACAGAGGGCGGGCCUUUUCAUUGUCACAGAUGCGACAAACAGUUUUUUAACCUUUGUGUUCUCCAGCGCCACCAGACUUUUAAUCCUCAGUGCCAAACCAAAACUGAGCCAGAUUCAAAUAAAAGUGUGGAGAGCAACAGCACACAGAGUUCACAUAUUUCAGAGUUUUCGUGUUCACUGUGUCACAAAACAUUUGUGCAAGAUUCGCUUCUGGCUGCUCACUAUGAAAAUGAGCACAGUGGUACUUUGGAAGCUGCAGAUCAUCAAGGAGACGGGCUCACCUCAGUUGAUCCAGUCGUACAGCAAGUUGAAGUCAACUUCAGUAAGAGAGAGUUUGUUUCAAAGACACUGAAGCCAAAAGCUCACCAGUGUCCCCUCUGCUCUAUGACCUUUGCUAAAGCAAGAGGUCUGCGUGCCCACAAAUGGCAAGCCCACUCCAAGAGGACUAAAGGCAAAACUCUGCUGCCUUUGGGUGCUAAAAAAGAGUCAGUUGCUUCAAGCAGUGAAGUAAAAAAGACAGCAGAUACACCAGCUGUCCUCGGCACUGCAGUGAUGGUGAAAAAUAUCUCUGAUGGCAGAGGAAAGAAGAAAAUUAGAUCAGACCCCCUGCCUGUGAAAUCUGUCACAUGCCUUGACUGCGGGAUGCAGUUCAGUUUUGCAGGUGCUCUCAUCGACCAUAAGAAAGUAUGCCCGGGGUUAAUGAAGUCCAAACAGGAGCCCCAAACUCCUGAAACCAUGGCUGACGUUUCCCCGCCUCUUUGCCGUCUGUCGGAACAUACAUCUAAAUGCCUCUUCAAGUGUGAUAACUGUGGGAAAGCUUUCCAAACUGAAGAACAGUUAGGAGCCCACAAGACCAAGGCAAAGAGCCGGCCUUAUUGUUGCGCCCUGUGCUGCCACGGCUUUUGGACCGAGAAUCAGCUGCAGCAGCACCUCGCCUGGCACGACGAAGUCCGAUGUCGUCUUCCCACUGAGCUUCGCUACAGGCUCAGUGCUGCUAUGACCUCAAAGCCUCUAAAACCCAACGUCGCCUCUGCCGACAGCAGAGGGAAGACCUUUGCAUCCUCCGUGAACGAACCUGUGGUCAACCCAGACAUCCAGUCACAAAGUAGCCAUAAGUGCCAGCAUUGUGGCAAAGCCUUUCUUUCACCAUCUGCAUUACAAAAACAUGAAACUCAGCACUGUAACAAUGACUCGUAUCAUUGCUCUAUUUGCCCUCGGACCUUCAGUGAAAUACAGGACCUCAUCGAUCAUCACCAGGAAUGUAUCGGUGACUUCAGAAAUGCAGAGUGAUGCCCCUGCUGCUGUCUCGUCAGGAGAUACCAAUGGCCUUACAUGCCUCGAAUGUGGAACUACUUUCUGUCAAGAAUAAACUAAUUUGCACCAGCACUACAGUAUAUGAAACAUGCCAGUGGAGUGUAUUAUACUAAACAGCCUGAAAAAGGAUUAAAAAUGAAGACACUGUAGAUUGUAGAUUUAGUUUGUUUGUUUUGCUUUUGUUUUUUAGAGGGAACUACUUAAAUGUGUUAAGCUAAACUGUAUGCUUGUUAGACUUUUGUUUAGGCUAAGUGUAAACAUUUUUCCCUAUUUGGUUCUAUAUUAUUUGAGAUCCUUUUAUAUAUUUUUUUUCCUUUGUUAUGUUCCCAUUCUCAGGCUUUCCUUUACACUGGAUUAGAAUAUGUACAAAUGACAAAGAAAAAACCCUUUAGAGGUCACAAAUUUAUAGUUGUGCUUUGUUUUCAUUUUGAAUAGACAAGUCAAUUGAGCCUUGGUCUCUUUGGUGAUUGCAAGCUGAAAUAUAUUUGUGGAUAUAUGAAAAAAGAGCUCAGCAACAUUUAUGCAUGUACAUGUUUGUCAUCAUGCAUUUAAACAUUCACUGAAAAAUGAGAAAUGCUGCUGAGCCCAUUUACUGGGGAGUUUGUGAGGACAUUAAAAUAGUUAUGCACAAGAAGUACUAUACAAUUUUGCCGGUCAUUCAGUUUUUCUUGGACUCAACAAGGUCCUAUAUGCAGAAAAGCUAUAUCAAAUUAUGAAUGUACACUGUUUAUUUGAAGUCCUGCUGUUAACCUUUACAACCAGCUAAUACCAUAAAACAAUUUUCACUAUCAAAUCAUUGUAUUUUAUGCACAAUUCACUCUGCAUUAAUUGAUGUAUAAGCUCCAGUGUUCUUUCCUUUUCAGCGUUUCUAUGCUGUUAAAAGAUUUACUACUUUUGUGAAAAGUAGGAUUUAUGUUUAUGUAAGAUAGUUGUUAGUUUACUGGAAGAAGUAUUUGUUUUUUUACAAGAGGUGUUACUUUGCUAGAUUAAUUUAUGAAAAUCUUUUUUUUUCGUCUUUACUCUAGAUGACCAAUAAACCUUUUGACUACUUGUUUAACUUGCUGUUUCUGUAAUGAUGAAGAAAAGCUUCUCUAAAACGUUAAAAAUAAAUUGUUAAAUUUUUGCGUGAA